AGCUGAGUCUGAAAAUGAGCAGUGUAGGUUCCGCCUCUUCUUAACUGUUAAUAAACAUAAAUGAAAGGAUGGAUCAGAAGUAAUCAGAAGCGUGGAAAUCCAACAUACAUAAUCUGGAAGAGUCUGCUCUGAGACAUGAUGGAUGAAAAAGACCUGAAGAAACGGAAGGACACUCGCAAUGGCAGCAUCACACACAGUGUGGGCUCCAAAAUGAAACCGAAUGAGGAGGAAGUCAAAGUCAUACUACACAAAAAUGUGGGUCUGCUAAGUGGGAUCUCUCUGAUUGUGGGGACAAUGAUCGGCUCGGGCAUCUUCAUCUCUCCCAAAGCUGUGCUUGAGGGAACAGGAGCAGUGGGGCCAUGCCUGUGUGUGUGGGCAGCAUGCGGGGUGUUGGCCACUCUAGGAGCUCUUUGCUAUGCUGAGCUUGGCACAAUGAUCACUAAGUCAGGCGGUGAGUACUCCUACCUGAUGGAAGGUUAUGGGCCCGUGUUGGCAUACCUCUACUCCUGGACGACUGUCUUUGUUCUGAAACCUUCAGCCUUUGCCAUCCUCUCCCUCAGCUGUGCAGAAUAUGCCUCCACACCUUUCUACCCAGGAUGCACCCCACCUGUGAUCAUCAGGAAAUGCCUGGCUGCAGCUUUUAUCUUGUUGAUUGUACUCGUGAACUGCCUAAGUGUAAAGCUUGCCAGCUAUGUCCAAAACUUCUUCACUGCAGCCAAACUCCUCAUCAUCGCCAUCAUAGUGGUAUCAGGAAUUGUUAUGCUGGCCCAAGGCAAUACACAGAAUUUCAAAAAUUCAUUUGAAGGAGCAGCAACUUCAUUUGGUGCAGUCGGACUGGCUUUUUAUAAUGGCCUCUGGGCCUUUGAUGGGUGGAAUCAGUUGAACUUCAUAACAGAGGAGCUGAAAGACCCAUACCGGAAUCUUCCACUGGCCAUCAUAAUUGGGAUUCCUUUGGUGUCAGUUUGCUAUGUGCUAGUCAAUGUUGCCUACUUCAGCGUCAUGACACCCACAGAACUACUUCAGUCGUCUGCUGUUGCUGUGACUUAUGGUGACAGAGUGCUGUAUCCAGUCUCAUGGUUGGUGCCGCUGUUUGUGGUCUUCUCCACUUUUGGAGCUGCUAAUGGAAGCUGUUUCACUGCUGGAAGGCUGAUUCAUGUCGCUGGACGAGAAGGCCACAUGGUGAAGAUCCUGUCCUAUAUUAGUUCAAAAUAUUACAGUCCGGCACCAGCUCUCAUCUUUAACGGUAUUCUGGCUAUUUUCUACGUAAUUCCAGCAGAUAUCAACACUCUCAUUAACUACUUCAGCUUUGCUCAGUGGCUUUUCUAUUGUCUCACAUCCCUUUCUCUUAUCGUCAUGCGCUUCACAAGAAAAGAGUUAAAAAGGCCGUUGAAGGUGCCCAUUAUUAUCCCAGUUGUGGUGGUCAUAGUGUCCUGUUACUUGGUUUUGGCUCCGAUCAUCGACAAGCCUGAGUUUGAGUAUCUGUACUGCACAGUGUUCAUCGUAGGCGGGCUGAUUUUUUACUACCCCUUUGUCCACCGCAAGUUCAGCUGGACCCGCAGAGUCAUGAGACCCAUCACCAUGCAUCUGCAGUUGCUAAUGGAAGUUGUCCCACCGGAGUUAGAGGGAAGAACCGCAGACAGUAAGUAGGAAAGCACCGGAUAUGACAACCUGAAGGCUGAUCAGUCAACAAAUUGCUAUGAAAUUCUUAAAGGGAAGCUGACUGCACAGACAGUUAUGAAGAACUGCAACUGCCAUCUUCCUGUACUGCACUACAUCGCCAGAGGGAGCCCUACUGAGCAAAAAGAAGGCCUUGAACAUUGGCUAGAAGAUGCUCAUUACCAAA